AUGCCACCUGAGCGACCGAACCGUAAACGCAUUCCUCCGAGACCACCGCAGCCACCUUUCCAAGUGAACCCACAAGCUUCAACUUCUCAAACAGCUGCUUCGCCGAGAGACACUUCAAUGCUUCAAAGAAAAAAACGGAAUACGUUACCUGAGCAGCCUUCAGGUCAAAAACCAAGGCCCUCAGUGUUUGACCGUUUGGGAACGAAAAAUACGGGAAAUUCUCCUGCCGAAAGACAAAUAGGAACGAAAAAAGAAAAAGUUGAUCAUGUUUUUAGUGGCGAGGCAAGAAAACCAGUUCGUCGCAUAUCAGAGGAUACUCGAAUUUCUCGUCCAGUCGAGCGGGAAGAGCGUACUUUAGAUAUAGAUCGCAAACCUGCUGUUGCUCAAGAAAAAAGCCAAACGGACAAUAAAUCUGAAGCCUCUAAAGAAUCUCAGCGUAUACAAAAGCAUGAAGAUAUUCCCAAAGAAGUCCCCCAAGAACCACCAAUCGAAUCUGUGGAUAAUAGUGACAAUACUACCGGCUUACAAAAUGAGAAUAAAGAAAAAAAAGAAGAGGAAAUUGAAGCAAGAAAACACCGAGAACAAGAUAAGGAAUCGAAAAGGGUUCCGGAACUUCAAUCUAAAAAAUCAGAAGAUUUUGUAAUCUCUGGUAUCAAUUCGUCAGAAGUACCUCUUAAAAGAAGGAAACAAAGCAAUGAUGAUUCUAAGGAAUCAAUUGCUUCUUAUGAUGAUUCUGAACCCGCAAAAGAAGAUGUUGUUUCGAUUAUAGCUGACGAUGAUGAAAAUUCCACAAUAGAUGAAUAUGACGAUGGUGAACAAGGCGAAAUUCCAAAUGACAUCUUAAAUGAUCGAGGCAAAAAAACAAAUGAAUCUGCUCUACCUAUUCGCAGUGAACUAUCAUCUGAUGAAGGUCGUAAUCUUGACCGAGAACGACAUAAUGAUAAUGAACGGAUGACUCGUCCAAAUCCAGGUUCACCCGGAUAUCAAUCUACUAUUGAAGAUCGUAGAGCACGCAAUUUGGAACGUGAACGAGAAAGAGAGGAGAGAUAUAAUCGUGCUAUGGCUAUAGAGAGGCCGCCUCCUUUCCCUUUCGAAAGAAACGUCGAACGUGAUAGAGAAUGGCGUGAACGAGGACGUCCAGCAAGAUAUAAUAAUAAAAAUUUCUUAGAAAACAAAGCAUAUUUUGACGCUCAGCGUAAGAACGAGCGUGAUAAAAUUCCACGUAACAGAGAGCGUAUCGAAAUGGACAAAGGGAAUUCAGGAUCGGAAAGUUUGUCUUCAAACACAGUUCGCGCUGGAGAGGCAAGCAGAUCUUCUAGUGUAUCAGCACGAGAACGUGCUAUAAAUCCUAAUGAACAAAAUCACGAAAAAACGCAAAAAGAGACUCCAUUGAAAGAUCGAGAAAAAGUACGUGAAUUCAACGCCAAAGAGAGAGAAGCAAGACAUCGCGAAGAUCUAAUGAGAGAUAGAGAAAGAGAUGCAAGGUCACGCGAAGAAUCUAUAAGAGAGAGAGGAAUGAAACUGCGCGAUGAAGGACAUCCACGUACUACUGGAGUUCCUGAUCUUUAUCGGCCCUCGACGGAUAUUCAUCUUAGAGAUCCUGAACGUCGUCCAAUACGUGAUUUUGAAAGAGAAUUUCGCGACCGGGAACUUCGCAAUGAUAUGAUAGCUUCUGAUAGAUAUCAUACUGAAUUUGGGAGAGAAAGAGAACAAAUACGGGAUUUUUUACCGGAAACUUUUUCUGAUCGUCAUCCAAGACCAAACGAGCAGCGGCCUCCUUGGGAUCUGGAUCGUGACAUUAGAGAUAGUGAUUUUCGUGGCCCUGCGAUAUUUUCUGAUAAAGAUUUCACAGACCAUAGAAGAGAAAAGGCAAAUGACGAUCGUCGUCUAAGUCCAAGUGCCGUUAGCGAAAAAAUAAUUUCACAUAGACAACCUUCUGAUCGUUACCCGAGAGAUUCUGAAAAACAAUCAACACGUGAAGAUUCAAGUCCUAAAGUUGGGAAAACAGAGUCUAAUAGCCGGGAAGCUAUUGACUUAGAUAAGAAUACACAGUCUAAAGAUGAAAGUGAUCGUGAUCCACAAGAUGGACAAACUGUGGAUAAUCGCUCCAAGGAUGAUAAAAAUAUUGAUUAUCAGAAUAAAGAAGCAAAGAUCGUACAAUCUUUUCAAGAUGAAAUUGAAUUGCCAUAUCCAUGGAAAAAAUGUCUUUCUAGUAAGAAAAAAGUAUAUUAUUUCAAUACGAUUACACGAGAAAGCCGCUGGACAUUUCCAAAUGUCAUUGACAAAAAUGAUACCACUCGCAACAAACCAUCCAUUGAUAAUAAUCGUGCUAGUCCAAGUUCAUCUAAAAUAGAUAUUCGAAACAUUCGAAAAGCUGAGCGUGAUGACGAAAGUGAAACGCCUCCACACAAAAAGAUUCGACUGGAUGACCAUGAUUCUAAAGAAAGUCCAAAUAUAGAUAAUAGGCAAAUAUCUAUUCGUGAUACAGAUCAGCAUAUUAGAGAAAAUAUAACUCCCACUACUCCCACAAGCAAUUUACCAUCAAAAAGAGAAACAAAAGAACAGAGACCUAUUAAUGAUUGGCAAUCUGAAACUCCACCUAGACGAACACGUGGCAAUACUGAAAGCUCUAUUGGACCGCAUACACCUUCAUCUCCACUUUCGCAUAAAUCUCAAGCAUCUCCCACGCAAAUAACUCAAUUCUCUACGCAUAAUAGGUCUAGUUCUUCCGGAUUUAAUGAUCGCCGAUUCAGCAGUGAUUACGAUGUACCAAUAGGAAUUAGGAGACUUUCUUAUGGUUCAUCUCUUGGACCACCAGUUUCUUUGCGUCCGAGUCCAUCAUUUAAUCGUGGAGGUGGUUCAACCGAAAUUUAUGAUAGGAGUAAUGAUUAUCGCAAUGAAGAUUAUUCACCAUCGAAUCGCAGCAUUAGUAAUAAUAAUGCAUCAGCAAAUUCAUCUCCUGCACCGUCUCAACAAUCUUCUAAUAACAAUCGGAAUUCUCGACAAGGAAGUCGUGGUUAUAUUUCUCCUCCGCAUUUUCGCUCAAGAUCAAUUCAUGAAAUUGAUUCACGAGUUCGCCAUCUCAAGGAUGGAGAAGAUAUGGUAUCUAUAGCAGAGAUUGAUGAAUCCACCGUAUAUACACCCUCAAGAAAGCCUAGUGAAAUCGUCCUUACAUUUCAUAAUGACGUUACUGACUCAAAAGUAAAGUCAGACGUAAGCAAUGAUGAAAAAAUAAACAGUCGGCAAGAUAUUCAUGAUAAUAUUAUGCAAGAAAGUCGACUGCAAACUAAUAUGCAAGAUCUUUUGCUUGAUUCUGAUGAUGAUAAUUGGCAAGCCUACAAUGAAAUUAAUCAAUAUGAAGAACAAAAUCCUACGAAUUUUUUGUUACGGGGGUAUAAUUAUAAGUCUCUCGAACCGGUUAAAAAAGAUCGGUCUGUCAAUAAUAUUGUCGCAGCAGUGUGGGAUAGCAUUAGUCCAGAAACUGCUGGUUCAAUCUUUAAUAGCUUGGAAGCAAUAGCUAUGAAGGCGCAAUCUAAGGAAAACGAGGAAAAAAAGACACACAUAAACGGACGCUUUGAUUAUGAAAGACAUCGAGCUUUGGAAGGCGGGGAAACUUAUUUCCGUCAUAAGCAACAAUGGGCCACUCCACGUCAUAUUCCAGCUGUACACAACGACCUUUAUGAUAAGGUUGUUCCUGAAAUAUCUGAUGAUCUAUUAAAAAGUUGCGUCUACAUUUUCAAAUAUGGAAAUAAUGAAGCUGAAAAUGCUUUUGCAGCAGAAGGGGGACCGAAUCUAGCACAAGAUCGGCGUGAGAUGGUGGUACAACUUAGUGAAGGGGAUGAUGAAACUCAAACGUGA